AUGGUGAGAAAGAAUCUCUCCUUCUUCACUUUGAAAUCUUCAUCACGAGUUCUCAUUCACAAAGGCUUACAUCACUCACGAGAAGUUUUUAAUCCUUGUAUUGGCAAGUGCAAAUUUCAUGUUGAAGUGAAGAAGAAAAAAAUGUUGCCAACUACAAAUCAUCAUAUUGAAACUGAAAUUGAGGAUAGAACUGAGGAUAUUGCUGGCCGUAGUGGUCAUGGACAUCGUCAUACAGUUGAUAAAUCAACAAGAAUAAUUCCAGAUACGAAAUUGGGUGGAUAUGAAUUUUGGAAGUCUAUCGGAUCCCCUAAACAUGUUGUAGCUCCCAUGGUUGACCAAAGCGAGUUGGCAUUCCGAAUUUUGGCACACAACCAUGGAGCUCAUUUAGCCUACACACCAAUGUUUCAUAGCAAAGUUUUCAAGAAUGAUGAAACCUAUCGAACACUUCAUUUCCAAUUUUUAGAAAACGAAGGACCAGUUUUUGCACAAUUUUGUGCCAAUGACCCUGAUACCUUUGUUGAGUGUGGAUGGUUAGCAUGGGAAAUGAGUAACCAUAAAAUUUCAGCUAUUGACUUGAAUUUGGGAUGCCCACAAAGAAUUGCAAAAAAGGGUAGAUAUGGAUCAUACAUUAUGGAAAACUUUGAUUUGGUAUAUUCUCUCAUCAAUAAGGCACAUAAAGAAUUACCAGUUCCUGUUACUGCCAAGAUUAGAAUUUUUGAAGAUAUUGAGCUAACUUUGAAAUAUGUUGACACUGUUGUUUCAGCAGGAGCUCAAGUGUUAUGUGUACAUGGAAGAACGAGAGAUCAAAGAGGUCACAAUCAAAAUUAUGCUGAUUGGGAGGUCAUUAAAUUGAUUCGAGAACACGUUCCUCAAAUUCCUGUCAUUGCCAAUGGCAAUGUUCGAAUGUAUCAAGAUGUACUUGAUUGCUUGGAAUAUACUGGCGUAGACGCCGUCAUGAGUGCAGAGCCCUUACUUUGCAAUCCAGCUCUAUUCAAUGGAGGUACUCACAUUUGCCCUAUUGAGCUUUGUGACCAAUAUUUGGAUAUUUGUGAACGCUAUCCGCCUCCAGAGCAUAGUUUUGUAAAGAGGCAUAUUUUUCACAUUCUAGAUCGACCAAUAGGAACUCAAAAUCAUUUUAGAGCCAUGCUUGGUAACGCCCAUAACAUGGAACAAUAUCGAAAAUUUGUGAAUUACUUGAAAGGCCAGAAAGAAACUCUUUACUUGGAUGCUCCACAGUAUGAACCUUCGAUCAUGGUCGUGAGAGAUCCUGCAAACCAUCCCAUUGAUAAAAAGCCAAAAGGACGAGGUUGUCAACAAGUCGAUCUAAACGAAGAGGAAGCGUCCAGUGCAUUGGAUCGAAUUGCUAACACAUCAAGGUAA